AAAUCCUUUCUAGUUUCCGAAAGGUUUCGCCUUGAGAAAAGCUUCUACUUUUGGAUCUUUCAAAUUUUCAAUAGAUACACUCUUGAGACAUAGAAACUAGUUCCAUUGUGUCGAGUAGUCUAAGUAUGUUUCUCUCGUUUUUAUCCCUUCUUUUCUGAAUUGUUGCUGUAAAGUUCAUUAUUUUCAAUAUUAAGCCUCAGAUUUUCCGCUUUCUUUGUCUUCGUCAAUAUUGGAUUCAUCUAGAUAUUUAAAGAUGGGUCCAAUGUCUCUUCCCCCUGGAUUCCGUUUCCACCCCACUGAUGACGAAUUGGUUGGGUAUUACUUGAAGAGGAAAGUCGAUGGGAAACCAAUCGAACUUGAAGUUAUUCCAGUGAUUGAUUUAUAUAAGUUUGAUCCAUGGGAACUACCAGAUAAAUCGUUUCUACCUAAAAGAGAUAUGGAGUGGUUUUUCUUCUGCCCGCGAGACAAGAAGUACCCGAAUGGAUCACGCACAAAUCGAGCAACAUCAUCAGGGUACUGGAAAGCCACAGGUAAAGACCGCAAGGUUUUCUGCGAGUCUUCAGUCCAAGGGCUUAGGAAAACCCUAGUGUUCUAUCGUGGAAGAGCUCCCGGUGGGGAGAGAACUGAUUGGGUUAUGCACGAAUACCGCCUUUGUGAAGAUCUCUCUCAACCUACUCCCAAUUUCAUGGGGGCUUUUGCUUUGUGCCGAGUGGUUAAGAGAACUGAACAAGGAUUGAAGUUAGGCGAUUCGAUGGUAGAAGCUAAAGGCAAAAGAAGCUUUUCCUCUACGACGAACGAUUUCAGCCCAAGGAAGAACUCUAGUAAAUCCUCAGAUAGAGCAGAAGAGCCUUCAUCUCAAGCUGCGAGUCUCUUUGAGAUUUGCAGUGAUUCACCCUUAAUCACUUCUUCAGUAAAUGGAAGGGAAACAGAGUUGCAUCCAGUUGUGUUUGGAACUGAUCAGACUGGCUUUUGGGGGUCUCAGUAUCUUUCUAAUGCUCCCAUGGAAUAUCCUUUGGGACAAAGUUUGCUAACCGAGCCAGUACAUUCAACCCAAUUCGCUAAUUUGGUAGAAUCAUGCCCAACAAAUAGUCUCUCUUCUGUUUCAUCUUACGCAAGCUUCACAGAGGAUACAUUCUUGGUUGAUGAAUUCAAUCAUAAUGGAAGUUCCUCAUCUUUCCCGAGUAAUUUCUAUGGUAUGAACGCUUACUGCGAUGAGCAAAACAUGGGAUUGCCAGAACUCGGCUGGGAGAUGUCAUAUAUAAACACACCCUUUAACGGAAUUGAAGCUUAUAACACGACAUUAUCUCCUUUGGUAUGCCGACAAGCAAGUGACAUAGAUGAAGCCAAUUUGUGGUUACAGGAAGAUAGCUUGGUGUUUGCGAUGUGAAUGAUUCUAUGAGUGUGGAGUUUAAGAAGGCUCCCGUUUGGUUCUUGGAAUUAGUACAGGUAUAUGAGUUACAGUAAUUUCUGGUUUCAGUGCAGGAUCUCAGAGGUGACACUUUUUAACGAUUACCCUCAGAGGCCAUAAUAGCAGUUCCUGUCACUAUAUAUAUUGAGAAUAAAGAUCUCUAGGUGCAACUUCUUUUAAUGUUUGCGCUUGGGGAUAUGAUGACCAUGGUUUGCUAGUAAGUUUGUGCUCUUACGUGGAAAAGUUUGUAAGAAAGUGUUUACUUAUGUAAAAUAAUUGUGUGCUUAUGUAAUGUAAUGGUUGAA